GCGGUCACAGUGCAUAGUGGGCGUUCAAGCUGUCUUAUUCUCUAGCUCAUACAUGACUUCACGAUUAACGUUACACAAGUUGGGAAACUUCAUAUCUAGAUAUUUUCAGUUGCAAACGGCUAAUAAAGAUGACCGAAAGCUCUGCGAACAAGCUGCUAAACGGAGAUUCCUGUCACCGGACCUCAAACGGUAAAAAAUCGAGCAAAAAUGGCUUCGUGAAGAACCACUGCCUGUUUCAACAGCCACAGAAGUAUCAUCGGCACAGGGAGAGGGACCAACAUGUCACACACAACUCCAGCCUGUACGAGAAGCCCUUUGCGGAGUCAUUUGAGGAGACUCCUCUACUGGUGGCCGUGCUCACCUACAUGGGCUAUGGCAUCCUCACCAUCUUCGGCUACCUCCGAGACUUCCUUCGCUACUGGAGCAUCGAGAAGUGCCACGUGGCUCGGGAGAAAGAGGAGCAGAAGGAUUUCGUCCCCCUCUAUCAGGACUUUGAGAACUUUUACACCAGGAACUUGUACAUGAGAAUUCGAGACAACUGGACCAGACCCGUCUGUAGUGUCCCUGGUGCUAAGAUGGACCUGGCGGAGUGUGUUUCUCACGACUACAAUUGGACCUUUAAGCAGACGGGCAGAGUGGUGAAGGACGUCAUCAACAUGGGCUCAUACAACUAUCUGGGCUUUGCUGAGAAUACCGGGGCUUGUGCCGAUGCUGCGAUUGAGACCACAGAAAAGUAUGGCGUUGGAGUGGCAAGCUCUCGCUGUGAGAUGGGGAAUCUGGACAUCCACGAGGAGCUGGAGCAGUUGGCUGCCAGGUUCCUGGGUGUUGAGUCAUCCCUGACUUUUGGAAUGGGCUUUGCAACCAACUCCAUGAACAUUCCUGCUCUCACCGGGAAGGGUUGUCUUAUUCUGAGUGACGAGCUGAAUCAUGCCUCUCUGGUGCUGGGUGCCCGCUUGUCUGGCUCCACAAUUCGGGUCUUCAAACACAACAACAUGCAGAGCCUGGAGAAGUUGCUGAGAGAUGCUAUCGCUCACGGGCAGCCGAGAACCCACCGACCCUGGAAGAAAAUUCUCAUUGUGGUGGAGGGCAUAUACAGUAUGGAGGGGUCCAUCGUGCGUCUACCAGAGGUGGUUGCUCUGAAGAAGCGCUACAAGGCGUAUCUGUACCUGGAUGAGGCCCACAGUAUCGGGGCUCUGGGGCCUAACGGCAGAGGAGUGGUGGACUACUUCGGCCUGGAUCCCAAAGAUGUCGACAUCAUGAUGGGAACAUUUACCAAGAGCUUCGGUGCUGCUGGAGGAUACAUUGGAGGCAAAAAGGAGCUGAUCGACUACCUGCGGUGCUACUCCCACAGCUCCCUGUACGCUACCUCCAUUUCCCCUCCUGUGGCCCAGCAGAUAAUCACCUCUAUGAAGAUCAUCAUGGGAGUGGGCGGGACCACACUGGGUGCUGAUCGCCUUAGACAGCUCUCAGAGAACACCACCUACUUCCGCAGGAAACUCCGCGAAAUGGGCUUCAUCAUCUACGGCAACGAUGACUCGCCUGUAAUACCCAUGAUGCUCUAUAUGCCUGCCAAAAUUGGGGCAUUUGGUCGGGAGAUGUUGAAGAGAAACAUUGGCACAGUGGUUGUCGGCUUCCCAGCAACCCCCAUCAUCGAGUCGAGGGCUCGCUUCUGCGUGUCAGCUGCCCAUACCAGAGAGAUGCUUGACACAGCGUUGGAGGCCACAAACGAAGUGGGCGACCUGCUGCAGCUCAAAUACUCCAGACGUGAACGGCCUCUUCCCUCGCUUGGGUGGAUGGCCGAGGAGAGCCUGCUUCAAGACUGAGCAACAUCU